CAACAACCUUGACCAGAAACUUGUAGCAGACGACUAAGUUUGAUGUGUGAUUUUAUUCAAUUUUAGGUUUUCGCCCGCUAUGCAGCUAUAAUUGAGAAAAUGAUGCAAAACCGAGAGCCAUUUUUCAAACCUCUCAAUACAGACCACAAUACAUUUGAGGUAUCGGCCGGAAAGACUCAAAGUAAGAACAGACAGGCACAAAACUCGAAUGAAUUCACCAGACCAGAUCAAGAUUUGGCUGUCAAUGGGGAGAGACUGAAUUCUUUGCAUGCAAAACUACACCAGGAAGCUGAUAAAAUAAGAAAAUGGAAAAAUCAGACAGAGUUAGACAUGAAACAAAAGGACAGGAAAAUACAGGAAUCCAGUCAUACCAUAGAUUCAUUAAGAAAGUCUAUACUUGAUAUUCAGCUUCAAAAUGAGAGCCUUAGCAUGGCACUUCAAGAAGAAAUAAGUAACAGAGAGGACAUUUUACAGAAGGUGUCAGCCACAAGAAAUCUGUGUUCAGUAUUGAAAGACCACCUUGCAAAAACCGAAGCAAAGGUUGCAGAAUGUGAGGUAGAAAAGACUGAAGUGAAAUAUCUUGAACAAGAGCAUAAAAGACAAUUUGAAAGUCUGUCAGAGAAAUUUAAGGAACUUCAGGUAGCAAGGGAUGAAGACAACAAACAGUUCAGUAAUCAGAUUUCUGUGUUGUCUGAGGAGAAGGAAUGUUUAGGACAAGAGUUGAAACAUAGCAAACAAGAAGCUGAGACAAAGUUAAAAGUCUUGAACCAGCAGCUGGAUGACAAGAAUAUUGAGAUACGUGACAUUAGAGCACAAGUUCAGAAAAAUAAUGACAAAAUACACCAUCUGGAGAAAACUAUAGAUUCCUUGACACAAGACCUUGAAACUUCAAAAGAUCAGUUGGAAAAUGCUACAAAAAAGCAUGAUGAUCUAAGCAAGCAGCUUGAAACAACACGGAUGGAUAAAGAAAAAUUAGAACAGAAAUUUAGUGACAGUAAAAGUAAUGUUCAACAGUUGACCAACAAAUGUACAGAUCUUCAGACGGAGUUGAAUUCAGAAAGACAGGAACAUUCUGAGCAGAUUCAGGCAUUGCAGUCUGAACUAGAUCAGCAGAAAGAACAGUUAAAUCAGAAACAAAUAAAAUUGCAGUUUUUACAAAAUGACUUUGACAGUGCAAGCACUUUACUUGAGGAAGUGAAAAGCUCAAAAGAUAUUUUGAUUAUGGAAAAAGCUGAGCUACAAAACAGAGUAACUGAACUUGAAAAGCAAAAUGCCGAGUUACUUUCAAAACAUGAGGAAAACUGUAUAACAUUGAACCAGAUGACAGAAACGAUCAGCGGACUACAAGGUCAACUUGUUACAAGCCAACAAGAAGGAGCUAAUCUUUUACUACAGCUGAACGAAAUCAGAGCUCACCUUUCAGCAGUUGAAACAGAGAAAUUACAGCUGGAUGAAAAAAUCAGAGUGAUUGAGUCAGACAUGGUCUGUAAGAAGGCUGGCAUGACAGACUUGCAGAGAGAACUGGUAGAGAAGACUGAACAAAUAACAAACUUGUCACAGAAGAUAGAACUACUAGAAGAACAAUUACAGAAUGAACAAUAUAACCAUAGCCAGACUCAGGCAGAAAUGAAAGUAUGCCAGAAUGAACUUGGUUGUAACCAGAAAGAAUUAGCCAUGAAAAUGGAACAACUGAAAAGAUUACAGAAGGAACUAGAGACAUUGAAUAAAAAGAAUGAGGGUCUUGCAGAAACUCUGAAACAUAAAGAAACAACAGAGACAGAAUUGAGAGAGGAAAUAGCAGCCCUUCAGUCAGAACUUGCUUUACUAAGAGAGAAUAAUGAAACUUUACUUGAAGAAAGACAGCAAUCUGAUGAGGCUCUCCAUGGGAAACUUCUGUCCAAAGAGAAGACGGCAUCAGACCUAGAAACGAAGAAUAAAAGCCUCAAGUCAGACAUAACUACUAAGAAUAAACACAUCAAAGAACUGGAAAAAGAGAUACGUAGCCUAAAAUCGAAGUUAACAUCUGAAAAUAAGUGUGUGGAAAGCAAAAAUCUGGAACUUUUAAAGCUGCAAUCUGACAUGGAGACAGAAGCUGCAUCCAAGUCAGAACUUGAGUCAAAGAUCAAGGAACAAGAUGAACAUGUGAAAAGGGUGCAAGAAGAGUUGAAGACUGCUGAGAAGACAGCCAAAGAAUCAAAAGAGUAUGCAGAAAAGUGUCUUGCAGAAAAAGAUCAGAUGUUUUCUCAGUGUGAAUCUCAGAGGACAGAAAUGAGCUCCAUAAUGCAGGGUUACAGAUCUGACCUUGACAAAAAUCUUACCAAGAAGGAGAAAGAGGUUGAAACAUUGAAGCAUAAACUUGAGACAAUGAAAACUAAACAUAAGAAAGAGAUGGAUGACAAAGUUUCUAAAUUAAACAGUCAAAUUGAACAGCUGAGGAAGACUAUUUCUGACUCUGGAUAUCAAAUGGAGAACCUCCAGAAAAACUUUAGUGAAAAAGAAACCAAGGUUCAGGAACUUGAGAAACAGAAUAUGCAAAAGGAUGAAGAGUUGAAGGAUUUACAAGAAGAACUAGGGAAGAUGUACAUCAAGAGUACAACCACAAGUGUAGCACAGACAAGCCCUUUUCCAGACAAAACGUACCAGAAAAAAAAUGCAAGUAAAAUACCAACACCAGUCCUGCCUCCUAGAACACCUCAGAUUAUACCAUCAGAUACCACGAGUGAUUUGAAGACCCAAGCACUACUGAAGACACCACAGACACUGAGAACUCCAUCCAACAUGAAAACUCCACAGAGAUCCAUUCUGAAACCAUUGUCUGGAAACUCUGCCUCCAAGAAGCGGAGAGUAGUAUUUGCCUCCAAAGAUAAUGAUGGAAAUUCUGAAUCUGGAGAAUCAUCCUCUUUCGAAGUGAUGGAUGUUGAGAAUGAUAAGAAUGGUAAGCAAUGUACAACUCCAUUGAUUCUGAAACAUUCCCCAAAGCCAACUACACCAUCAAGAAUAGAUAGUGUAAAGAAAAACUCAUCAGUACCUUUAAGCAGAACUCCAAGAGGACCUCCUGUAGAUCUUGGGAAGAAAAAGAAGACGCAUAAGGCAAAGGAAACUGAUAUAAACAUGCUUGCUGAUGAUGAAGAGAUGCCUCUGUUAAUAGAAGACAGUGUUAAGGACAAGAAAGAAAAAACAUCUUCUGUAAGAAAAACACCAAAUAAAAGUGCAGGCAAGUUUUUCAAGAACAGUCCAAAGCAGCGAAAAGAGGUUAAAAGCAGCGAUAUGUCUUGGUUUGAAAACGAUGAUAUUUUUGGUUUCGCUCUAGAAGAUUGAUGAAAUUAAGGGAUUUUUGAUCAGUAACAUUCAAGAUUUUUAUGAAAGGUGAUUGUUUUGUGCAAGAUUUACAUAUCUCAAUAUUUAAUAUCAGUUUUUCCCCAGCAUAGCAGAAGUGGUAGAUGACUACAGUUCUUUGUUUUAUAUAACUUCUGGACUGUGAUUUUAUGUAAAGACGACUUGAAUCAAUAUAAGGCUAUUAUUCAUUGAUUUUGCUUUAUAACUACGUUUCUAAACUGGGAUUGUGAAAGGAUCUAUCAGAAAUUAUUGGCUAUUCUUACAAACAUCGCCUACCAAUUUACUGAAAGUUUGUAUGAGAGGCUGUAUUUUGUGUAAAUCUUGAUGUGCAUGAAUACAUUUAUACUGAAAAUAUCACCAUACCAUAUCAAAUGCAGGAGGCACACCAAAGUGGAUUUAAUUCAGAGUUCUAACUGGAUGUUUGUAAAUAAAACUUUUAUCCCCAUCCUCUGGGGGCGACAUAUAGUAAUUGCUGUGUCGGUCCAUCCAUUCGUUCCCAUUUUGUGUCCAGUCUGUAACUGUCAUCCACCAAGAGAUUUUUGUAGGGACUAUGUGUCAUGCCUAAGAACUGGACCCCUAGCUCAUAGGUCAAGGACACACUUGGAGGUCAGUGGUCAACAGGCCUUUUUCCUGUCCGGUAUGUAACUCGACCAACUUCUAUGUAUUUUAAUAUUACUUGGCACAAACGUUCCCCAUAAUCAGAUGAUGUGUCAUGCAUAACAAUCCGGCACCAAGUUCAAGGUCACACUUGGAGGACAAAGGCCAGUAGAUUUUUACUAUCCGGUCCAUAACUCUGUCAUCCGUAAGGGAUUUUAAUAUUAUGUGGCAAAAAUGCAUCCCAUAUUAUAAUAAGACGAUGUGUCCUGCAUAACACCCAGUCCGUUUAGCCCAAAGGUCAAGGUCACACCAGGUCCUGCAGUUUUUCUUUCUUUUCAGGUCCAUAACACUGGCAUCAUUGAAGCGAUCUUAAAAUUACUUGGCAUGUUUUACAUGUUUUUUCAUAUUAAGACAACAUGUCAAGAGCAACACCAAGAUCCCUAGCUCAGUGGCAAGGUCAACUUAAUUACUGGAGGUAAAACGUCAGUGUUUUUUUUACCUGUCUGGUCCAUAACACUCUCAUCCAUGAAGGGAUUACUAUGUUACACAGCACAAAUGUAUCCAAUAAAGAUAAUAAGACCAUGUGUCACCCACAACAUCCAGACACUUAGCCCAAAGGUCAAUGUCACACUAAAUAGUCAAAGACCAAUAUGUUCAUUCCUGUCCGACCCAUUUCUGUCAUCCAUCAAAGAAGUUUAUAAGGAUCUUACAUACCUGCCUGUGUAAGACCGGUUUUUCCCUACCCGAGGGACAGUGUGGAAUGAAAAACCGAGCGUUAGCGAGGUUUUUUAUCCAAACUGUCCCGAGGGUUGGAAAUAAUAUUACUUGACACACAUUGUUCCCAAUAGUGACACUACGAGUCGUUCGAAAAGUGGGAUCAUUAACAGAGUUCAUGGUCACACUUCGAGAUCAAAGUUUAAUAGGUUCUUUCCUGUGUGGUCCAUAACUCUGCCAUGUAAUAUCUUUGGUACACAUGUUUGCCAUUAUGAGACAACUUGACAUGCACAACACUCAGGCCCCUAGCUCGAAGAUCAAGGUCACACUUCGAGGUCAAAGGUCAAUAGUUUUUCCCUCUCCAUAACAUAUAGGUUUUAAAAAAUUGACGUUGUUUACCCAGAUAUCACUUCCAUUUAAAUGAAGCAGUAGAUUCUAUGGGGGCACUUUUUUUUAUGUAGUUUCUUGUUUUAAUAAAAAAAAACUUACUUUAAAAUGCUUUAUGUAUUUCUUAUCUUGAAAUGGCCUAUUUCAGUAGUGAGAGCGAUCUUAUUUACCAAGAUUUAUGGUAACUUAUACCUGUAAUAGGUGUCUGAGUUGAUGAAAAAAAUACCGGUCAUGAGAAUAUAAUGUGUAUUCUAGACAUGUUAGAUAUUGACUUAUAUUGUAUAGUUUAUAUUUGCAUAUGUUGCUAAAAUGUAUUGCUAGAAAAAUGUAGGAGAUAGCUUUUAAUCUUAGGGAGAUACUACAUCAUUUUGACCUGUGGUAAAACUGUGAUAAUUUCUUCAUACAAUAGUGUUUCAGGGAACUCAUUAUUAUUUAGCAUAUCUGUUAUACUGAACUUGUCUGUAAUAUUGUUGUUUUGAAUUGUUAUAAAUAAAAGAGGAAUUCAGUA